AUGCUCAUCCCCCAAGUCCGACUCCGCGGCCAAGAGCUCCUGCUAGCCUCGAAGGUCCUCAUCAUUGGCCUGGGUGGCCUCGGUUCACCCGCGGCGCUGUACCUAGCUGGGGCCGGAACUGGUAUAUUGGGCCUUAUGGACGGCGAUAACGUGGAAACGAGCAAUCUCCACCGUCAAAUUGUGCACACCGACUUUGCUGCACGCUUGGGGCAGAGCAAAGUCCACUCGGCGGCCGCGAGAUGUCGAGAGCUGAAUCCGGAAAUCGCGUACGUUUGUCAUGAAGAAUCCGCCAGCGCGAGCAAUAUUCUGGACAUCGUGUCCCAAUAUGAUCUGGUACUCGACUGCACAGAUAAUCCCGCAACCCGGUAUUUGAUCUCUGAUGCGUGCGUGGUGCUAGGGAAAGUGCUCGUUAGCGGUGCUGCGCAGAGAGGUGAGGGUAUGCUAAUUGUCCUCAACUCCCCUCCCACUUCUUCCUCCGACGGGGACGAAAAGGGCCCUUGCUAUCGCUGCGUGUUUCCUCGUCCGCCCGCUCCGGAAACAGUGCAAGGAUGCAGUGAGAUUGGAAUCCUAGGCCCUGUUGUCGGGGUGAUAGGGACCUUGAUGGCCGGAGAGACCAUCAAGAUAAUCACGAGCCGUGGACAUCUCCCUCGUGAAACCACGGCAGAACAGCAUGUGAACAGUACGGGAGCUUCCUUGGAAACAGAGAGAGAAAAGAGACAACACACAAUGCUCCUGUACAACACCUACGCCAGCGAUCCAAGAAGUAUGUUCCGCACCAUCGGCUUGCGCGGGCGGCGGAAGGACUGCAUCACGUGCGGCGACGACGAAACUCUUGCGACAAAAGGUCUGAGCAAGGUCACUGCCGAAAUCAUCUCACAUGGCAGACUGGAUUACCAGGCUUUUUGUGGCGUUUUCGAGGAUAUCAAACUGCUCGGCGAGGACAAGAGAAUUCACGCAAGGGAUUUUCUCCAGAAGCACGCCGGAGCGGAAGAACAAGACGAAAGUGGUAAACAGAAAACCAAGCCAAUUGUGGUCGACGUCCGCGAAGAGCAUGAGUAUGAACUGGGUCCGAAAGUACGGGGCAGUUUGAAUAUCCCAAUCUCACAGAUUCUGAGGCAUGGAAAUAGGGCAUUCGAUGUUCUUGGGUUUGGACCGGGGCCGGAAUCCGCUCCUGAGAUGGGACCGGAUGGAGGGAUGGUCGAUCAGGAGUCGCAUAUCCCCGUUGCUACAAGGCAUGAUAGCUUCCCACUCAAACCAGGUGGUCAAUCUGAUCAAAUACCACCAAGCCCAGCAAGGGAAACAGAAGAGAACGCAGGCGAAGAACCAAAAUAUCCGAGCAUAUACUUCGUCUGCCAACGUGGGAACGACAGUCAGAUUGCGGCGCAGAAAUUGAUGGAGAGAAUUGAAGCUGAAGCAGCAAUGGAACAAGAGACAGCGCGGAAGAGGAAGUGGGGAUGGAUCGGAGAUGUUAAAGGUGGCUUUCUCGCGAUGGAGAGACACGCAAGGACAGGUGUAUGA